AUGGCUCAGAAAUGCACACCAGCACACAUAGCCUUUGUUGCUGCCAGUGCCAAUGAAGUCGUGAAGCCUGCUUGUGUCGUCCUGCACUGGAUCUUCCAUGGACAUCGGAAAAUGUCAUUCACAGCUAACUUGCAUAGCGUUUGCCAAACAACUUCGAAUGGCAACAUUGAGUUUUCCUGGAUCGAGACGGAGUACAAUGGAAUGAACAUCCUGCCAAAGGUACGUCACCAGGAGGAUGAUUCGUGCGUCUUCCAAGCCAUCUGUGCUGGAACAGAGAUGGCAAUUAAGAGAGACGCGGCCUUGAAAAAUCCUCCACGCACCUCCGAUAUUGAGUUCAAUACAAAUUCUUUUGUUGAGGACUAUGAAAACCAUACCAAUCGCAGAAUUGGUGAUGAGCCUUUGCUGAAUCUUCCUUUGGAUACGCGUGAAGAAACUGGUAUCAAUCUUUUCCAUAGUAGUGGCGUUUUGGCAACAUCUACUAAUUGGGAAGGUGAACAGAGAGUUAAGUUAUCACGCCAUAUCAAAGUAAGGCAACCGCAGUUUGACAGGGUAGCUGAUUUCAUAAGGCUAGGUAAACCUGUGGUGGGAUCUUUUCCAGCUAAUCGGGAUUUCCUCACAUUAGGACCUGAUGAGAUUUAUGAGUAUGUCAAUCGAGAAAAGAAGACCAUAGAAAGCUCCCACAUGGUUCUGUUUGUGGGAUUUGGUUAUAAGGGUAGCCUAAAUGGGAGGAAAUAUCUGGUCUUUAUGAACAGUCAUGGUGAGGAGUUUGGUGAUAGAGGGUUCGGUCGUGUCUAUUUCAAUGAUAUAUUUAAAGAUCGUUUAUAUGUGCUGUUUGCCGGUGCUCCAAAGAUAGCAAUUCAAAACCCCAAUGUUUCCACAUCUGCUCCCAAAAGAGAACCAACUCAAGACCCUGAUGAUCGUCCAGCGCAACGUGCACGACUCGGUGAUGAUGGUUCUAGCUCUUCGGCAGGUGGAAAACACCCUUCGACCUUAGGUAACCUUCCGACGUGA